AUGGCUCUUCAAAGCUCGUUAUGCCGGGUUUCCAGCCAAUUGCGUCAAUUGACUACCAAAGUCCCGGGUGCUCGUUUUUACUCGGCUCCUGUCAGUGGAAGCAUUCCUGCUGCAAAGAGGAAAUAUGUCCCAACUAGCGGCACUUAUCCGCAAGGAUUCAAGGUUUCGGGAACGAUAGUUGGCGUCAAGCCGAAAAACACGACUAAACCCGACCUUGCUUUUAUCACCUCAAGCACACCAUGUGCUGCUGCUGCCGUCUUCACCAAGAACAAAUUCCAAGCUGCACCGGUAACUUUCAGCCGGUCUCUACUUCAGGAGCAGAAAAACUCCGGGAUUAGAGGUGUUAUCAUCAAUUCGGGAUGUGCAAACGCCGUUACUGGAAAGGGUGGUCUUGAAGAUGCUGAAAAGAUGGCGAGAGAGGCCGACAAGGCACUGGGAGCUGACAAGGCAACAAUCGUGAUGAGUACCGGCGUAAUUGGUCAAAGGUUACCGAUUCAGAAAAUCCUGGACGGGGUUCCCAAAGCCUACGAAGGGCUUGGUGAUACCCAUAAACACUGGCUAACAUGUGCUACAGCUAUCUGCACAACAGAUACAUUCCCUAAAUUGAUCUCAAAAACUUUCAGCCUACCGUCUUCGCCAUCAAUAGAGUACCGUAUUGCUGGAACGACUAAAGGCGCUGGGAUGAUUCACCCAAACAUGGCAACGCUCUUAGGUGUCAUCGCCACCGAUGCCCCUAUUUCACCCUCUAUCAUCCCUCCCGUUCUUAAGUAUGCUGUAGACCGUUCUUUCAACAGCAUCACAAUUGACGGAGACACGUCUACCAACGACACGGUUGCUUUACUGGCAAACGGUGCUGCGGGAGGUCAGGGGGUAACUACGGAAGAUUCGGCUGAUUUUGUCGCAUUCCGGGAUGUUGUUACUGACUUCGCGACUGAUUUGGCCAAGCUCGUCGUGCGGGAUGGCGAAGGUGCUACUAAAUUUGUUACUAUCCGGGUAACCGAGUCUUCAAGCGAAGAAGGUGCUCGAAAGAUCGCCAGCACCAUCGCGCGAUCACCUCUUGUCAAGACAGCGCUCUAUGGCAAAGACGCCAACUGGGGCCGAAUCCUUUGCGCUACUGGUUACUCACUAAUCAGCGAGCCUGGACAAGCUGUCAAUGAUGUGGCGGAAAUAAUACCCGAGAAGACCAACGUGUCUUUCGUCCCCACGGACGGGAGCCCGGAGCUGAAGCUCCUCGUCAACGGCGAGCCGGAAAUCGUCGAUGAGACCCGAGCGGCGGAAAUUCUCGAGUCCGAGGACCUCGAGAUCCUUGUGAGAUUAGGAACUGGCAAGAAGGAGGCUACUUACUGGACCUGCGAUUAUAGUCACGAGUACAUCAACGCAACAAUGCCAGCAGCAAAAGCGGAAGAGAGAGGCGAGUCUUCGACCUCGGCCGCUAAGAAGGCCUUGACUGGUGCCUCUAGUAGCGGAAAUGUUACUUACGAGCUACCAUGGGUAGAAAAAUACAGACCUGUGUUUCUCGACGAUGUAGUAGGAAACACCGAGACGAUCGAACGGCUCAAGAUUAUUGCGAAAGAUGGAAAUAUGCCCCACGUUAUCAUAUCCGGGAUGCCUGGUAUUGGAAAGACAACGAGCGUAUUAUGUCUGGCCCGCCAACUGCUUGGGGAUUCUUAUAAGGAGGCGGUGCUAGAGCUCAAUGCGAGUGACGAGCGAGGCAUCGACGUGGUUCGAAACCGAAUCAAGGGCUUCGCCCAGAAGAAAGUCACGCUACCAGCUGGCCGACACAAGAUCGUAAUCCUCGACGAAGCCGACAGCAUGACUUCGGGUGCGCAACAAGCGCUGCGGCGUACGAUGGAGAUUUAUUCCAAUACGACGCGCUUCGCCUUCGCGUGUAACCAGUCGAACAAGAUCAUCGAACCGCUACAGUCUCGAUGCGCGAUCCUGCGAUACGGGCGAUUAACGGACGCACAGGUAGUGAAGCGGUUGCUGCAGAUUAUCGAGGCGGAGAAAGUACAGUACAGCGACGACGGGCUGGCAGCGCUCGUGUUCAGCGCCGAGGGUGAUAUGCGGCAGGCCAUCAACAAUUUACAGAGCACACACGCUGGUUUCGGCUUCGUCAGCGGCGACAACGUGUUCAAGGUUGUUGAUAGCCCCCACCCUAUAAAAGUCCAGGCCAUGCUCAAGGCCUGCUACGAAGGCAACGUGGACAGCGCCCUAGACACUCUUCGCGAGCUAUGGGAUCUUGGAUAUUCCAGCCAUGAUAUCAUAUCUACUAUGUUCAAGGUCACCAAGACCAUACCCACUCUCAGCGAACACUCCAAGCUCGAGUUCAUCCGCGAGAUCGGCUUCACCCACAUGAAGAUCCUCGAGGGUGUCCAGACGCUACUACAGCUGAGCGGGUGUGUCGCCCGGCUAUGCAAGAUUAAUAUGGACCCGAAGCGAUUUGAGACCAAGGCAAAAUAA